AUGAUGUCUGUUACUAGCAAAAGUAUUGAUUUUGUUGGAAAAAACUUGGUUUCUUGUGGCUGUUCUUCCAAUGCUUCGUUUCAUAGAUAUAAUAAGGUGAGGAAUUUUCAUGCAAAAGUGAAUUCUAAAGGGUGUGGAAAUGGAGCUCGUAAAUUGGUUUCUUCUAAGAAGAAGAACACUCCUCAAUAUCGUGUUUCUUCUAUGGAUACUGCAGAGUCUACUUUGGAUGGUGGAACUCAAGCAAUUAAAGACCUUGCUAAAGGAUUGAAUUUGAAGACUUAUUCUGAAACUCCUAUUUCACCUAAUAGGUUGUUUGAAGUAGUUUCUGAUGAUCUUCAAACACUCAAUAAAAAUCUGUUGACUAUUGUAGGUGCGGAAAAUCCAGUUUUGGUAUCUGCAGCUGAGCAGAUCUUUAGUGCUGGUGGGAAGAGGAUGAGACCAGCACUCGUGUUCUUGGUCUCAAGGGCGACGGCGGAACUACUUGCCUUGGAGGAUCUUACUAUAAAGCAUCGACGUUUAGCUGAGAUAAUUGAAAUGAUUCAUACUGCGAGUUUGAUACAUGAUGAUGUGUUAGACGAGAGUGACCUAAGAAGAGGGAAGGACACUGUACAUCAAAUGUUUGGAACAAGAGUGGCAGUGCUGGCCGGUGACUUCAUGUUUGCACAGGCAUCGUGGUAUCUCGCCAACCUUGAAAACAUUGAAGUCAUUAAACUUAUCAGCCAGGUGAUUAAAGACUUUGCUAGUGGAGAAAUAAAACAGGCUUCUAGCUUGUUUGAUUGCGGCGUUCAACUCGACGAGUAUCUAACCAAGAGUUUUUUAAAGACGGCCUCGUUGAUUGCUGCUAGUACAAAAGGAGCUGCGGUUUUCAGUGGUUCAGACACCAGCAUUGCUGAGAAAAUGUACGAAUAUGGAAAGAAUCUCGGUCUGUCCUUCCAAGUUGUCGAUGACAUACUGGAUUUCACGCAAUCGGCCGAGCAGCUUGGAAAGCCUGCCGGUAGUGAUCUUGCCAAAGGUAACCUGACCGCUCCCGUAAUUUUUGCGUUGGAGAAAGAACCGAAAUUAAGGGAUAUCAUUGAGUCUGAAUUUAGUGAGAUCGGUUCACUUGAUGAGGCAAUUGAAUUGGUGAAGAGUUGUGGCGGAAUCGAAAGAGCACAAGAGUUGGCGAAAGAGAAAGCUGAUCUUGCUAUUCAAAGUCUUCAAUGUCUACCGCAAAGCGUGUAUCGGUUAGCUCUCGAGGAUAUGGUGACAUAUAAUCUUCAAAGGAUUGCAUAA